AGGUGAGGCGCGGUCCGGGCUCACGGAGGCCGACUCAGGCGCCUGAUUGCGUCAGGGAGCGGCGAGAGCGGUGCCAUUGUGCAGACAAAACGCGCUCCGUUUGCGCUGAUAAUCGCAUCAUUACAGUGGAAUGACGGACGGCCCGAGUCGCCGGCAAUUAAAACAACCGGUCGGGGUGUUUGGGAGUUUUGCUCAGUCGCUUCACCGGUCCCGCCCACGGGUUGGUGUUGGUGUCGGCACAGGGAGGCAGACGCAGUCGCAGGCGCUGAUGUCACGGCUUGGGCGUGGAGCCGAAGGUGGGCCCUUCUGUUGAAGACGCACACUUCACCCCGGCUGACGGCUCGCGGGAGAUGCACAGGGCGAGCGGGGACGAUUCAGGCGGAGAAGGCCGUGGGAGCAGAGGGUGUCGACCAAAAGCAAAGCACCAUCCCCUCCAAGACUAAAGAAGCUGGAUUCCCCAGGUUUCUCCCAGUGGUAUCCAGGAAACCCUCCUUUAACCAUGGACCAGAAGGAGAUCCUCACUGAAAAAGACCUGUCUCUGGUUGUGGUUCUGCCGAAUGGAGUGGAACAGAUAACCACGGUUCCUGGAAGCAAACCCCUAAUGGAUCUGUUAGUGACACUUUGCGCUACGUAUCAUCUGAACCCCUCAAGCCACACCUUGGAGCUGGUCACCGCCAAUAGGAGCAACGUCAAGCUCAAGCCCAACGCGCUCAUAGGAACUCUGGAUGCAGAGAAGAUCAUACUAAAACCCAAAGGGGAGGAUAAAAAUAAGAAGUCGGGUCCUCAGAUGCCCGAGGCAACGGUUCGGAUGGUGAUAAACUACAAAAAGACCCAGAAAACGAUUCUAAGAGUCAACCCUCGCGUCCCACUGGCUGACCUCCUGCCAGCGAUAUGUGAGAAAUGUGAGUUUGACGUGGACACCACAGUCCUGUUGAAAGAUGUCGAGUCACUGGCCCCGCUGGACUUGUCUAAUUCGCUCAACGAUUACGCAAUAAGGGAGGUUUACGCGAAAGAUACAAAAGGUCUGGCUUCCCCUGUUUGUCCAGCCUCACCGAGUCACGCAGGAACAGUCGCGCCGGGCAAAGAUAAGAAUCAGAAGGAGAAAGAAAACAAAGGCCUCUUUAGCAAAUUCAGAAAAAGCAAGAAAAAAUCGAAUGAGCCAGCGACAUCCAGCGCUCCGGCUUCUCCGGUGCUCGUCAGCAGGCCUCGACCGCUCAGCAUGGCCCUACCCAGCACCACCUCGUCUCCGCUGGACUCCCCCACCACGCCCGCCGACGCUCCGAAAAAGAGACGUGCGCCCCAGCCUCCGCUCCUCGUGUCCCAGAGCUGCACCUCUGACCCCGGCACCCGCCGGAGGCUCUACUCUGAGCCUGGUCCCCAGCUGGACGGCGAGAUGGCUCGUUUAAGCCGUGGGUCCUCGGCCGAGUCCUCUCUGAGGAGGACCAAGCGCAAAGCUCCUCCACCCCCCACGUCUCCCAGCGUCUCCGUCCAAGAAGCCGUUCCUCUGGAGGAGAACUCGCAAGGGGCUGCAGCUGAUAAUACACUGGAGGAGAUCAUGGAGCAGGAGGAGACAACUCCCUCGCUCGUGUCUCCUGCUGCUAGUGAGACCCAGUCAGCUGACGUGUCGUUGCGGGCGCCGUCCCCAGACACGGAGUUCCCCAGCAUGAAGUCUGUCGAGGGCAAUGGGGACGAUCAGCCUCAUGAUCUGUCCUCAGAUGGCAAUGAACCGCAGAAUGCAGUGGAAACGUCUGCAGCACUGGGCGACGCCAAGACAACUGUGGGCACAGACUCUUCUGAUCUUGCAGUUGCAAAUACUGGUCCAUGUCAAGGUAAAGAUCUGAGCCAACCGUCAACGUGUGAAGAGUCUGCAGCUGAAAGGGCUGGAGGUGGUUCCAGCACAGUUCCCUGCAGCCCCCUCAAGCCUGUAAUGCAGGAUGCAGAAGCUCAGGCCUCCGUUCAGGCAAACACUGAAACCCUCGGGGAGCAGAGCGACGGGCUGCUCGCCGGCAGCACAUCGUGCGUCGUAGGUGAGGACGCUCAGGUGCAAACAGACUUCACGCCGACUGCACCGCCGCAGCAACAUGUGGACGCCGUGGAAUCGGCCGGGAAGAGAGACAUGGCCACGUUGACGGAUGAGCCCGAUUCGCCCGAUCCUCGACCCGCGUUGCUCGACACCUCGGAGACGUCCUCGCUCCCAGACCCGACGCCGGGCGCCGCCGCCCCGACGAAGGCGCCGUCUAUUUAUGCCACAGACUCUGAGCCCAAGCCCAAACCUUCCAACGAGCUGACGAGGAGCUACAUCCCCAAGGUGGGGAUGACGACGUACACCAUCGUCCCACAGAAAUCUCUAGAGAAGCUACGGUAUUUUGAAGUUGCACUGACACUGGAGGCGCCGCCCGCAGGUCCAGAGGAGGGACUUAACGUUGGUUCUCUUCAACUUGAGGAGCGCACGGCGCAGACGGAGCCGAGGAAGCUGCACUCAACUGUACCCAGGGAAGACGUACCGACUGGUACUGCUGCUGUCCGAGACACUGUUAAUGGAAGUAUACCUGAGUCCAGACCUCUGUGCACAUCACCUUCAGAGUUUCCUAAAGAAAAUGGCAAGAUUGGGUCCUCGACUGCCGGGACGUCACCAGCAGGUUCACCAGCAGAGGUCAAAGAGUUCAAAAUUCCACCCCCGACCAAACCCAAGCCCGGUUCUUUCCGCUUGGCACAGCACAAAAAAACACCUGGGUAUUACGUAACCUCAGCCGCCGAGAAAAGCCUCGCUGCCGGUCCCGGCUCCGGCCCGCGGGACGCUCAAGGAAACGCGGAGAGAGAGGCGCUGCCGCCCCCUCCUCCCCCGCCUCCGCUGCAGCGCCAGGAGGAGGCGACAGGGGGCGCCGGCGUCCAGCCGAGGCCCGAAGCGAGCGCCGCCGACCGGCGCCUCGCCAGGCAGAGCAGCCUGCCGUGCAAGGAGCCGAGCACAGGCCUGAGCCUGGAAAAACUGCGGAGCUUUGCUGCCCCCAGGCCCUAUUCCCCCUCCACCCCCUCCCGCUUCGCUCGGGCCGUGUCCUCUGCUGUAAAGAGGAGCCACUCCUUGUCCUAUGGGCCAAAGUCACCUCGCUCGCCCGCUUCACCGCCGCUCUCUCCGAGCCGCUCAUCAGUCACGGAGUCAAAAGCGCUGUCUGUUAUCAAGGACAGUGACAACACAGUGUCAGGAGGUGACAAAGGCUUGGCUGUGCAGGGAAAAGCGAGCGAACCAGCGUCUCCAAGCGGGAUAGUGGACGGAGAGAACAGCCCAUUGCAGCGCCUUUAAUUCUCAAGAUUAUAUGUCAUCUACUGAGGAGCUUGUCCUUCCUUCGACCCCCGAGACGGGAGCACAGACUUCAUUUGUUUCACUGUACCUCUUUUGUUAGUCAACAACAGUGUACAUAAAAUGACGUAUUUUGAUAAUUAAUAAUGUUUGUAUUUGGUUUAUUUUCUUACUCAUCAUUAAAUAAUAUACUUGGCUGCAUAUUUUAUUAUGUAUCUAUUAUUUUGUGCGAUAACUAUUUUGCAUUUAAUGCAGUGCUGUCGUAAAUGAACAGGACAAUUAGAUAAAUUAUUAGACUGAUCUCCGGAGUUUUAUUAUUAUUAUUAUUAUUAUUGGAUUUACUGAUAAAAUGUAUUAUCUGAGUAAUACUGGAUUUGUGGGACAGACCAGGUCUGGCCUGUGGUACUUACAAGCUCGUUAAACCUCAUGUCAAAUCUAUAUUUAGGUCCAAGUUUAAUAUUUGCAGUAAAACACUGAUGUGUACAGGAGUUUAUGUAUGAAUGAGAUCCUUCACUGACAUUUACAGCGCAGUUGUUCUUGUCAAGCAGUGUUGUUAUAAAUAAAGAUUUUAUCAGUUCA